AAAAAUUAAAUUUCGUCUGUAAAAUCAUUAAAAUUCCUGAAAAAUCCCAUUUCUAACUGUAAAUAAGUGUUUGUUGCAUCGAAAGUCGAUGAAGUUUGCACGUAAAACGUGAAAGUGCGUCGAAAAAAGCAAAAUAUUAAUUUUCACUGAAAACAGCUGAUCGAACAUAAAUGGCGACACAGUGAAAAAAAUCAAAACAAACCACAUUUUAGACACAAAUCACUUCGUAUUCGAGAAGAAAUUGUAAUUUUUGUCACGUGACUUCAUAAAAAGUCACAAUGUCCGAAGCAGUUGUCACGCAAUUCGUGCAAGGACUAAAGUCCCGUCACAAGGAUGUCCAGAACAAGGCUUCGCACGAUUUGUUCAUGUAUGUCAAGACGGAGCUGCGGGAGAUGCCGCAAGAGAAUAUUGUGCAGUUCUUCGAUACGUUCAAUAGUCACAUCACGGAUAUGUUGAACAGCACGGACAUUUGGGAGAAAAAAGGAGGCGUGUUAGCCAUAAAAUGUCUCAUCAGUGCCGAUGUUGUCAACACUACCACCCGAAUUUCGCGUUAUUCCAACAAUUUACGGUAUUUAUUGCCAUCCAACGAUACCGGCGUCACGGAAUUAGUCGCAAAAACUUCUGUUAAACUUGCUUUGCUGCCCGGAUCGAAGGGUGCCGAGUCCUUCGAGUUCGAUAUUAAGCGUGCUUUUGAAUGGUUGUCCGAAGAUCGGAAUGAAGCUAAACGUCAUGCUGCCGUAUUGCUACUUCGCGAACUCGCAGUUGCAAUGCCCACAUUUUUCUACCAACAAAUUUCCCGCUUCUUCAAUGACAUUUUUAAAGCAAUUUUGGAUCCAAAACCCUUGAUUCGCGAGGGUGCUGGACAGGCUUUGCGUGCCGCACUUGUCGUUACAUCACAACGUGAAUCCGUGAAAUCGCAAAAUAAGCAGCAAUGGUAUCGCCAAUGCUAUGAUCAAGCAAUUGCCUCGUUUGGUGAGGUUAGUUUGAGGGAAAAAGGCAUCACGAGAGAUGAUCGCGUUCACGGAGGAUUGAUUGUGUUGAAUGAAAUCCUUCGUUGUUCGAAUGUGGUGUGGGAACGCAGACAUCAUGCGUUAAAACGGUUGAGACCGGAGUACAAAAAACCCCAAAAUGAGGAAAGUUCAACGAUUUUUCCGCGAUUUAAGGUGCCAUUUGUGGAAAAACGGAGCAAUCCAUCGACGCCGAUCAAGCAAAAUCCCCCGAUUUCCUAUAAUUUCGACCAAAAUCCCAAGUUUUAUCGGAAAUCGAGUCUCAUGUCGCAAGAAUCGUGCUUGUGUCGGCAACUUGUGAUGGAAAAUUACGAAGAAAUUUGUAAUAAAGUGCUCGAACAACGGCUUAGUCGGUCGACGCACGUGCAACAAAUGAUCAACGCUAUUUUGCCUCGCUUAGCAGCUUUUAAUCGGGAUCUUUUUGUCAAGAGACAUCUUGCUAUCACACUUAAUCAUCUUCUCAUAACGCUCAAAGGCAAGGAGAAAGAUCGCAAUAUGGCUUUUAUCACUGUGGGUUACAUCGCGGUCGCUGUGGAGAACGAUAUCAAACCCUACAUCAGUCGCAUCAUGGAGGUCGUGAAGCUCGCGCUGCCCAUUCGUGAUGCCGCAGUCGCCAAACGUAAAUCCUCCAUGGAUUUCUUCGUUUUUGUUUGCAUCACACUCCUGGGACAUGCAGUUAAGAGUGAAAUUGCCUCCGAUAUCCGUGAAAUCCUCGAACCGAUGAUGGCGACGGGUCUCAGUGCUCCCCUGACAAUUUGCCUGCAAGAAUUGGCCGAAAAUAUUCCGGAACUCAAACGGACUAUCUCGGAGGGGCUCAUCAAGAUGUUGUCGAAUGUGUUGAUGGCGAAACCAGCAGCGCAAAGUGGCACGCCGAAACACGGGACAAUCGCACAAUUUGCCGCCUUGACAGUUGCUGACACGACGCCAGAGAAUGCGACAAUUGUGUUGGCGUUGAAAACAUUGGGAACGUUCAAUUUUGAGGGACAGAAUUUGUUGCAGUUCGUUCAACGAUGUGCUGAUCACUUUUUGACGCAUGAAGCGCAGGAAGUGAGACUCGAAGCGGUGGUCACGUGUUGUCGAUUGUUGAAAUUAUCCAUUGGAAUUACGGGAGAUGGAGAAGGCAUCACCGAAACCUUAAAAGAAACUGUCGGCAACGUUUUAGAGAAACUUUUGAUCGUUGGAACAACCGACGUCGACGCCAACGUCCGUUUACAAGUCCUAAAAUCCUUGGAUCACACUUUCGAUCCCCAACUAGCGCAACCCUGGUUCCUCAGCUCACUUCUCAUCACCAUGCACGACGAGCAAUUCGAAAUACGAGAACUCGCCGUCAUCAUAAUUGGUCGCCUAUCAACUCUAAAUCCCGCUUACGUCAUGCCAAACCUCCGUAAAUUACUCGUGCAACUUUUAACUGAACUCGAGUACUCCGGCAUGAGUCGCAACAAGGAACAAGCUGCCCGAAUGUUGGAUCACCUGAUCGUCAAUACGCCACGCUUGAUUUCGUCGUACAUGAGACCGAUCCUGAACACGUUAGUGCCAAAGCUGAAAGAGCCUGAAAGCAAUCCGGGCGUAAUUUUGAACGUUCUUCGUGCGAUCGGCGACUUGGCGGAACUGAAUUGCGGUUGUAACGUCAUGGAGCAGUGGGCGGACGAGCUGCUUGAUAUUUUGAUUGAAAUGUUGGGCGAUGCGGGUGCUCCGAACAAGAGAUGCGUCGCUUUGUGGACAUUGGGGCAACUUGUAGGAGCUACGGGACAAGUUGUGACGCCUUAUUACAAAUAUCCCGGGUUAAUUGACAUCUUAAUUGGGUUUCUGAAGAUGGAAACGCAACCAAAUGUGCGUCGCGAGACAAUCCGCGUCCUUGGAUUACUCGGGGCACUUGAUCCGUACAAGCAUAAACUCAAUCGCGGAUGGAUCGAUAAGCCAGAUAACGAUAAAAAUGUGUUAAUUUCCGUGUCGGAUGUCAAAGGGGAUGAUCACAUCGACUUAUCGACCGCUGAAAUGUUGGUAAAUAUGAACAACGUGCUCGAGGAAUAUUAUCCGGCGGUCGCUAUUGCAACACUUAUGAAGAUUUUGAAGGAUAAGACGCUUGAACAAAACCAUAUUGCCGUCGUACAAGCCAUCACGUUCAUUUUUAAGAGUCUCGGCAUCAAAUGUGUCCCUUAUUUAUCGCAAGUUUUACCGAAUUUGCUUGCAAAUAUCCAAAGUGCACCCGAUAACACUUGCGAAUUCUUGUUCCAACAACUUUCGAUACUCGUGGAAAUCGUCAAGCAACACAUUAUUUUCUACAUGGAUGACAUUUUCAAGCUUAUCAAGGAUUCCUGGCAGCGAAAUUCACUCCAAGCAACUUUAAUCAAUCUCGUGGAGAAAAUUGCUGUUGCUCUAGGAUGCGAAUUUCGCGUUUACUUGGCUCAACUGAUGCCGCAAAUACUAAAAGUGCUGAUUCAUGAUUCCUCGAAGGAUAGAACGGUCACCAUUAAGCUCCUGAAUGCCUUCCAAAAGUUCGGGAAUAAUUUGGAUGACUACUUGCAUCUUGUACUGCCACCAAUUGUCAAGUUAUUCGAGCCAACGAACGAUAUUCCGAUCCAGGUGUGUCAAAGCGCCUUGGAUACCAUCAAUCAUCUCGCCGAAAUUCUCGAUUUUACGGAUUAUUCGUCGCGUAUCGUUCAUCCGCUCGUUCGGGUUUUGGAUAAUCAUCCCGAUUUGCGACCACAUGCCAUCCAAACACUUUGUUCGUUGAUGGUUCAACUGGGCAAAAAGUAUCUCGUCUUUGUGCCACUUGUGAAUCGGAUCCUGUCGAAGCAUCGCAUCCCCUCAAACGAAUACACGAAGCUCCUGACAAAGUUGCAGAACAAUACGACACUUUGCUUGGACGAUGAAUUCCGUUUGCGGCAACAGCGGUUCAGAAAUCGCGAAAUUAGCAUCGGCAGUUCGGACACGACAAUUCGCAAACUGAACGUCAUGGGAGCGGAUCUCAAGGAGGCAUGGCAGGCAGCGCGGCGUGUUUCCAAAGACGAUUGGCUCGAGUGGUUGCAACGAUUUUCCUCGAGUUUGUUGAAGGAGUCACAAAGUCCGGCAUUGCGUUCGUGUCGUUCGGUGGCGCAAAAUUACCCGCAUCUCCUAAGGGAUUUGUUUAAUGCCGCUUUUGUGUCGUGCUGGACCGAAUUGAGUGACGAGAUGAAGAAGGAACUUGCGGCAAGUUUGCAACAAGCGUUGAUGGUGCCCGAUUUGCCGGAAGUUACGCAAACGAUUCUUAAUCUCGCGGAAUUUAUGGAGCAUUGUGAGCGGGAUUUCCUACCGAUUGACACGAAAUUGUUGGGAGAUCGGGCGAUGGAGUGUCGGGCAUAUGCGAAGGCAUUGCAUUACAAAGAGGAAGAAUUUAAGAGGAACAAGGAGAAGGAAAAGGAUAAGGAAAAAGAAAAGGAUCGUCAUCAAGUGUUUGAAAAUUUGAUUUUGAUCAAUAAUAAGUUGCAACAAAAGGAAGCAGCGGAAGGAUUGCUGGAGUAUGUUAUGGCAAAUAGAAAUUCGUCUGAGGAAAUGAAGGUCCAAGUUCGUUGGUACGAAAAACUCCACAACUGGGACAAAGCUCUUGUCUUGUACCAAGAAAAGCUGAACCACAAUCCAAAUGAUACCGAAUCCUGCUUGGGUCACAUGCGUUGCUUAGAAGCGCUCGGCGAAUGGGGCGAACUCGAUUCCGUUGCUCGUGAAAAAUGGGAUUUACUCACGAACGAAGAACGCAGCAGCAUGGGAGGUCUUGCUGCGACCGCUGCCUGGGGCUUAAACGACUGGGAACAGAUGCAAAAGUACGUUUCUUGCAUCCCUGAAGAGACACAAGACGGAUGUUUCUAUCGUGCGGUCCUUUGUGUUCAUCAUGGCGACUUUGAAAUGGCUCAACGUUUAAUUGACGACACUCGUGACUUGCUGGACACGGAAUUGACGUCGAUGGCGGGCGAAAGUUACGAACGUGCCUACGGAGCAAUGGUUUGCGUUCAAAUGUUGGCCGAACUCGAGGAAGUGAUUCAAUACAAACUUAUUCCGGAACGAAGGGAGACAAUUCGAAGCAUGUGGUGGAAACGAUUGCAAGACGGACAGCGAUUGGUUGAGGAUUGGCAACGAAUUAUUCGUGUACAUUCGUUAGUUGUGAGUCCGGAAGAGGAUGUUCACACGUGGUUGAAAUACGCAUCACUUUGUCGCAAGAACGGGUCGUUCAAGUUGUCCCACAAGACGUUGACGAUGCUUUUGGGCACUGAUCCGUCAGCAAAUCCGGGUGCUUCGAUACCAACAAGACAGCCCCAAGUCACGUUCGCUUACUGCAAACACUUGUGGAUGGUGGGCGAGACAGAAAAAGGUGACAAAACCGAAAGUUUGCAAGCUUUCGAGCAACUUGGACGCUUCGUGAACACUUUUAGCUUGGAACAUAGUGUCGCCGGAGAAGAUAUCAAAGACGAAAAUCGUCGAUUACUGGCUCGGUGCUACAUGAAACUCGGUUUAUGGCAAUAUCGCUUGCAAGGUAUGACCGAUCACAACUUGAAAGGUAUCUUGGGUAGUUAUGAAAAAGCCACCAAAUACGAUCCCAAUUGGUACAAAGCCUGGCACUCGUAUGCCUACAUGAAUUUCAAGGUGAUGCAGCAACAAAAGCAAUCCGAAAACUCGCAAUCCAGCACGAAUCAGAUGGAUUUCAACAGAAAUUCCAAGGAAAAAGUGAUGAUUGUGCAAUAUGCUGUGCCAGCGGUGAACGGCUUCUUCCGUUCCAUCAAUUUAUCGCAAGGAAAUUCGCUGCAAGACACUUUGCGACUUCUAACUUUGUGGUUCGACUAUGGACAAUCGUCCGAAAUGUACGAUGCUCUUGUGAACGGCAUGCGAAUCAUUCAGAUUAACACGUGGCUCCAAGUUAUUCCGCAGUUAAUUGCGAGAAUCGAUACUUCACGCAAGCUAGUGGGGCAGUUAAUCCAUCAGUUGCUUAUUGAUAUCGGAAAAUCGCAUCCACAAGCGUUGGUUUAUCCGUUAACGGUGGCUUCCAAGUCGGCAUCGAUCGCUCGCAAAAAUGCCGCCCACAAAAUUCUAAGCUCGAUGUGCGAACAUUCGCAUACGUUGGUCGAGCAGGCACUCAUGUGCAGUGAGGAACUCAUUCGUGUCGCGAUUUUGUGGCAUGAACAAUGGCACGAGGGCUUGGAAGAGGCGUCGCGAUUGUAUUUCGGCGAACGAAACAUCAAGGGAAUGUUUGAAACGUUGGAGCCGUUACAUGCGAUGUUGGAGCGGGGACCCCAGACGUUGAAAGAAACUUCGUUUAAUCAAGCUUACGGCAGGGAAUUGGCUCAAGCGCAGGAGUGGUGUAACCAUUAUAAGAACACUCAAAAUACAAGAGACCUCAACCAAGCAUGGGACCUCUACUAUCACGUUUUCCGUCGAAUUUCGAUUCAAGUGCGGCAAUUAACAUCCCUGGAGCUGCAAUACGUGAGUCCCAAGCUCCUAGCGUGUCGCGAUCUAGAGUUGGCAGUGCCCGGUAGUUACGUUCCUGGUCAAGAUUUGAUCCGUAUCGCGAGUAUUCAGACAAAUCUUCAGGUCAUUCAAUCGAAACAACGACCCAGAAAAUUAAGCAUUCAUGGUUCCAAUGGCAAAGUUUACAUGUUUUUGCUAAAAGGUCAUGAAGAUUUGCGUCAAGAUGAGCGUGCCAUGCAGUUGUUCGGAUUGGUGAAUACUUUAUUGCUGCAGGAUCAGGACACAUUUAGACGAAAUUUGACAAUCCAAAAGUACGCAGUCAUUCCGUUGAGCACAAAUUCUGGGUUGAUUGGUUGGGUGCCGCAUUGCGACACGCUUCAUACGUUGAUUCAAGAGAACAGGCAGAAAAAGAAGAUUACCGUUAAUAUUGAACAUAAAAUUAUGUUGCGAAUGGCACCGGAUUAUGAUCAUUUGACGCUCAUGCAAAAGGUCGAAGUCUUUGAAUACGCACUAGAGCUGACGAAAGGCGAUGACUUGGAAAAACUCUUAUGGCUCAAAAGCCCCUCAUCCGAAGCCUGGUUCGAUCGUCGUACAAAUUACACUCGUUCCCUCGCUGUCAUGUCCAUGGUCGGCUACAUUCUCGGCCUGGGCGAUCGUCAUCCCUCGAACCUCAUGCUCGAUCGUUUAAGUGGCAAAAUCGUGCACAUCGAUUUCGGUGAUUGCUUCGAAGUUGCCAUGAAUCGCGAAAAGUUCCCCGAAAAAUUCCCCUUCCGCCUGACCCGAAUGCUCAUCAACGCCAUGGAAGUAACGGGUAUCGACGGCACUUAUCGUCGCACCUGCGAAAGUGUCAUGCACGUGCUGCGACGCAACAAAGACUCGUUAAUGGCAGUGCUGGAAGCUUUCGUUUACGAUCCGCUGCUGAACUGGAGACUUUUGGACGACAGAUCGCAUAGAUCGCGUGGCGGCGGAAAUGCUGAUGCUGCCGUUGACAGUUUGAGUGGUAGUGGCGACGAAACAAUCGCAAUGGAUCUCGCUAGUUUGACAAAUCGCGGAAAUGAAGCGCUGAAUAUGACGGGAGGCGGAGAUAAUGGAGGCAUGCCGGCGGAAGUGACGAAUAAGAAAGCACGUCAAAUCGUGGAUCGGGUGAAGCAAAAGCUGACGGGACAAGAUUUCCAGAAGGAAGAAACGAUUUCGGUGAAUCGACAAGUUGACUUGUUGAUCCAACAAGCGACAAACAAUGAAAAUUUAUGCCAAUGUUACAUCGGGUGGUGUCCGUUCUGGUAA